AUGUUAUUUUUUAAAUUUAUAUUAAUAAGUUUAUUUAUUUUUAUAUAUUCAGAAAUAUUAUGUAAUUUAAUUAUCCAUCCGUCUUUAGCUGAUUUUUUUGUUGAAAAUUUUAGAGAUAACAUUUACAUAUCAUCUAAUAAUGUUAUAAAUAAAAAACUUUCAUCUCCAUAUUGUUCCAGUUGUGAUAGAUUAGAUUGUCACAAUAUAAAUAUUGAAGAUGAUCAAAAUGAAAAUGAAAAAAAAAUUACAAAAAAAAAAGAAAGAUGCGAUGAAGAAGAUCAAAUAAAAUAUAUUUACCUACAUACAAAUCCUUUUUAUACUACAAUUAAAGAAGAAAUAAUAAAUAAAGAUAAAAAAGAAAAAGGAAAUAAUAAAAAGUAUAACAUAUUUUACAAAUUCUUUCAUUUUUUAUUAGACACAUUUUCUUUUUUUACAAAAACAGAUAGCCAAAUAAAGAAUUCUAAAAAAUUUUAUUCUUCAUAUUUUAUUGAUAAAAGUAAAACAAAUAUUUUAAGUAACUCGAACAAUCUUACUAAUAAUAAUAACAAAUAUAAAAUUAAAGGUUUAUAUUUAGGAGAAAAUCUAGGUGAUAUCAGAAAUUUAUCUUUUUUAUCACCAUUAUCUUUAGCAAUAGAUGAAAUAAAUUUUAAUCAAAUUUUUAAACAUGCAUGGGAUAAUUCUUAUUCUAAUUAUAUAUUUUUAAAAAGUUCUAAUAGUUAUAUUGAUAAAAAAAGUAAUGAUAUAGAAAAGCAUAACUUAAUCAAAGAAAAGAAUUACAUUUUUGAAGAAAAUUAUGAAAAUAUAGAUAAAAAAAAAGAUAACAAAGAAGGUAAACACAUUUAUGAUAGACAAGAUGAAUAUGAGAAUAACAAUGAUAAUAAUGAUGAUAUAAAUUUCAAUAAUUCAUUUUAUUUUAUCAAUAACAAUAAUUUACUAUUGAAGUAUAUUAUGAGAUCUAAUGAAGAUUCAGAAUACUUAAAAAUUUUAAAAAAAAUAGAAAAUGAAAUUAGUUUAAAUACUUCUAGUAUUAUUUUAAAAAAAUUAAAUAUAGGUAUGCAAAAUAAUUUUGAUGAAGUUUUUAAAAACAACAAAAAUUUAAAUGUAGGAAUAUGUACAAGAGAAAAAAAAAAAAAAAGUUUUUUACAAAUAAUAAAAAAUAACUUAAAAUCACAAACAUUGAAUAGAUUACUAUUCAAAAAAAAAAAAAAAAAAAAAAAUACCAAUUAUACUUUUGGUUGUGUAUUUUUUCACUCAAUUGAAAAUUCUGAAUUAAUAUUUGAUUUAAAAAAAGCUAUAAACUCUAAUGACAAUAAUUCACAGUAUGAUAAUAAUUCACAUAUUAAUUACAAUGGAGAAUUUAAUAAAAACCAUGAAAAAGAUAACUUAUUAUAUAUGAAUAAAAAGGAUAAUGAAAGUAUAAAAGUAUCUGAUAAUAUUAUAUAUAAAGAAUGGAAAAAAUUAAACUCAAAUAAAUCAAAAUUAUUUAUGCUUUCCACAAAUGUUUUAAGUAAUUUAAAAAAAUAUAAGGAUUAUAAUUAUAGUAAAAAUAUUUAUAAAUUACAAAUAGAUUACAAUGGUAUUUGUAAAAAUGUAGUUUUUAUUUACAAAUAUCAUAAGAAGAUGCUUUUGAAUUUUUUAUUUCAGUUAGAUGUAUGUUAUAAUAAUAAUUAUAUAAAUAAAAAUAUCCUUUUUAACUAUUUAAACACCAAUAUAAGGGCAAAUUUUAUUUUAAAAGGUGUAUGGAAUUACGGUAUUUUAAAAAAUAUAAUUAAUAUAAAAAGUUACAAUGAUACUUUAAAAAAUAAUAACAAUAAUUAUAAUGAAAACGUUAUUAAUAAGUAUAAUGAUGAUUACUUAAAAAAAAUAUAUUUUAAUGAAAAUUUUUAUAUUUAUAAUGAUUUGUAUGAUCUAAAAUCGUUUGAAAAUCAAAAAGGAAAAAUAAUAGAUGAUAAUUUAAAUUUUAAUGAAAAAGGAAAAAUCUACUUAAAUGAACAAGUUUUACAUAGUAGAAUAAGAGCACAUGAACGAUUUAAAAGAAUGAAAUUAUUAAACAUUGAGAAUAAUACACCACAAGAAAAAGAGGAAUAUGCAUUUUUGAUAAAUAAAAUUAUUAAAGAAAAUAAUUAUAUUUUAUUACUAUCUAAAAAAGGGAUUAUAGAAUUUGAAACUCCAGUGGUGUUAACUGAAUUAUUUAUUGGAAUUCAUUCUAACCCUUUAUAUAAAUUAUUAUGCAAAAAAAAAAACAUAUCUAAAAUGAGUCCUGAUAUUAAUUUAAUUUAUAAUGAGAAUAAUAAGUCAGAUUACUUAAAUAAAUAUAUUAAGAUUAAUUGUAGUCAUAACAAACCACAUUUUAUUUAUAUUUUCUUUAAUUUUUUCUUAAAUGAUAAUAAAAAAUAUAAUUUAAAAUUAGAAAUACAGAUUGAUUAUUUUAAAAAAUUUAAAAAUAGUGAAGAUUUUCCUUUUCAAUACUUAAACGUAUUGAAUUAUUUAAAAAAUAAUAUUAAUUAUUAUAGAAUUAAUAGAAUUGAAAUUGAAUACUCUUUUUUUCCCUUUUUACAAAAAGACGAGUUUUUUGAUCAUUCUACCUUGCCAUUCUAUAUAUCUAUAAAUAAUAUGAUAAUAAAUCAAAGUAAAAAAGUGUAUAAUUAUGUACCAAUUUUUUAUACAAGCAAAAUCAAUUUUUUACAAGUUAUAAGUAGAAAUGCAAAGAAUAAAAUAAAAAAGAAGAGUUCUGAAAUCAAAGAUAUGAAAAACAUAAAAAAGGAUAAUAAAUCUUACAUUUUUGAAGAAAAAAUAAACAAAGAAAAUUAUCAAAAUGAAGAAAAAUCAGAGAAAAAAAAUGAACUAUAUUCAACUAAUUUUCUUAAAUUGUUUCAUAUUGAAAAGUCUGAGGAAAAACAGCACAACCCUAUAUUUAAUAAUAAAAAUAAUAAUAAUAAAAAAAACUCCAUUAAUUUCAAUUCUUUUUCUAUAUUUACUUCUAUAAGUGAAAAAAUAUUUAUGAAACACUUAACUCAAUAUAUAUGUACUAGCAGUAAGUGUAUAUAUGAAAAAGACACCAUGGAUUUUCUUUUAAAUAAUUUAAGAAAAAAAUAUAAACAAAAAAAAAAAAAUUUAAAUAACAAAAGGGUAGAAAAUUUAUAUAUACAUAACCAUUUAAAUUUUUCAUUCGAACCCAUUUUAAUAAAUCCAUUCUUUGAAUUAAAAAAUAAUAUAAAAGAAGAAAAACUAAGUGAAAUUCAGAAUGAAUAUUUCAAUUUUUUAAAAACAGAUUUAUCUAAAUAUCUAAAAGAAGAUACUAAAAAUAUAGUAGCAUAUAAUAUGAAAAAUCUUUAUACAUUUGAAUUUAUAAAUAAAAAAUAUGUUAUUCCACCAUAUAAUAAAGGAAUUUUUAUAAAUUUCGAAAUAAAAAAUGAUAAAAUAUUUUAUGAUCCAUUUAAUAAUUUUUCUUAUAUAAAUCAAGAAUUAAAAGAAAAUUUUUAUAAUGAUACUAGAAAAGUCUUUGAUACAAUAUAUAUAUAUUCUGCAUUACUUCCAGCAGAAAGCGAUUUAUUUGAUUUUAAUUAUCUUACAAAAAAUAAAUUAACAUUAAAAAGAAUACAAAGUAAAAAUGCGAAGACUAUGUUUAAAAACGUAAUCCCUUUUACAAGAUACGAAGAUUUUUAUGAUUUCAAUCAAGAAUAUUCACAAAAAAUAUUUGAUUUCAAUAUUUUAGAUUUUAAAGAUAAUUCAUUUAAUAAUGAAAUAAUAGAAUUAACUAUUGAUGAAAACUUAUAUAAAACAAAAAUUAUAGAUUUUAUUCAGAACAAGCUAAAAAAAGCUCUUCAGCUAAAUUCAGAAGAAAAAAAAACAUAA